CCUGCUCCAAGUGUAACAGAGCCUGCAAAAGCUGCAUUGGUCUGUCGAGUCACCUACCGGAUCACCCUAAGAGUAGAACAGGCCCAUCAUCAUCCGCAAGAAACCACCAACGAUAACGGUGAGGUUUGAACUGCAAUAAACAAUGUCAGUGACUAAUAUCAUGGGCCCAGCAAUUUGUCAACAACUACCUUGGUCCAAGGGUGAACACUGACCGCAUAUUUCUGGGAGGUGUCAGCGCUGACUGUUCCAGGAACUCUCCGCCCAGCACCGUAACCCUUGUUCCAGUUUUAUUACCUGCCUUGUAAGAAUGAGGAAACGCCGAUGUCAGUAAUCCAGUCAGCCUUUACGCAGUGACUGGAAGGAGAGACAUGGCUGUGGACAAAACCUUGCUUCGUUCAGGGCUCACAGCAGCUUUAAUAUUUACAGUUUUUGGAAGGCUACCAGCGCCACAGAAUGUGAGAAUGCAUUCCAUCAAUUUUAAAAAUCUGCUUCAGUGGAACCCGGUCAUCUUCCAUAAAGGCAACAUUCAUUAUUCAGUAGAGUAUCAAAGCUAUUAUGACAAAGAUUUUAAAAAACACACACAUUUUAAGAAAGCCUGCACAAGCAUCAGAAUGACAGAAUGUGACUUGUCCGUACUAUCCAUUAUGGUUGGUUAUUUCCUGCGUGUAAGGGCUGAAUAUGAAAAUGAGACAUCAGAAUGGGCUGUUAUCGAUGAAUUUGAACCUUCCAUACACACUGAAAUUGGACCGCCUUCAUCCGUGGUUGUGAAGCCAAGAUUAGAUAUGCUCGAUGUCAAUAUCAUUGGGCCCAUAAAUGAGAAUAAUAAUAUAUCUUUGCAAGAAUAUUUUCUCGACAUGACUUACAAAGUGUCCUACUGGAAAGUUGGAGAGGAAGAAAAGAUUGAGACUAUUAACACUAAUCAGAUGAUGACAACCCUCACAAAUCUUGAAGCUUGGACCACCUACUGCCUGACAGUGGAACCUGUCUUUCAUAACAGAAAGACACACCCGAGUUCAAUUGUCUGCGGAACUACAAAUGAUAACGGUAGAGUUCCAGUUUGGCAAGUUAUCGUGGCUCUUCUGGCAUCAAUUGUUGUUGUUUUUGGUGUGAUAAUGGGAAUUUACUACUCAUCACAUUAUAUUUACAGGACUGUCAGACAUAGUUUCUAUCCUUCCUACAAUCUCCCCGAGCACUUAAAAGAGUACCUUAAAGAACCUUCAUUGAAUUCUCAAUUUUUACUGCCCCAGACUAACCCAUGUGAAGAAUCAUUUGACAAACUCAGUAUUAUUUCAGACAUCCAACAGAGUAUUGAUAACACAAACAUUGACAUGAAUACAAAUAUGAAAAUUGUGGAAACAGCUAUGAAGGACGACAGUCUGGCAAUUGAGAAUGGAGAGGAAAUUGAAGUGAUGCAAAAUAAUAGCAACUUCGAUCUUUAUGGAAGAAUGCAGAUGCUGCCAAAUAUGUUUGGAGAAAUACAGAUGCCUACAAAUUUACAGAUUCAUGCUUAUAAUCUAAAGUAUGUGCUUAAAUGGGAUGAUGUGCAACGCGAUAAUUACACAGUGAACUAUACUGUACAGUGCAAAAGAAUUUGUGAAGCACAAGUAAACCACACGAUGAACGUAAAUACUAAUGUUGGAAACUGGAGAGAUGUGAAGGGUUGUAAAAACAUCAACCGAACAAUGUGUGAUUUAACUUCAACAAACAUCAAUUUUUUUGGAAGCUAUACAUUCCGUCUACGUGCUCAGCAGGGGAAUCAAACGUCAGCUUGGUUGGAAUCGGUGUGCUUUGCACCCUAUAAACACAAUGAAAUUGGUCCUCCAUCAAUACAAGUGGACACAAACGAAAAUGCUCUCAAUGUCUACAUCUUGGACCCACAAACAGAAAAUAGCACAUCCAUACAGAAAACUUACAAAGAUAUUAAAUACAGGAUAACUUUCUGGAAAAAAUAUUUAAAUGAAACAAUACAUGUGAAAAACAGCUCAAGUAAACUCGUGUCACUGGAACUUGAACCUUGGACUACAUACUGUCUGCAUGUUCAGGUUUUCAGCUCUACGUUUAGAGUGGAAGGACAGCUUAGUGAGGUUGUUUGCAAAAUGAUUAAAGGUGCUAUUCCACUGUGGCAGAUAGGUGUAACCUUUAUCGUCUCACUGGUGGUUGUUUUUGGUGUGACAUUAGGAUGCUUAUUCUGUAUAUAUUGCAUGUACCGAUGCAUAAAAUAUGCCUUCUUUCCACCACACAUUUUGCCAGAGCAUUUACAAGAGUAUUUCAGUGAACCUACCCAGAAUGCCUUCCUUGCACUAACACCAGAGGAAGAUGCUGAAGAGUGCUGUGAUCAACUCAAAGUCAUUUUUGAAACGGAAAACCUGAGUACAUACUCCAGUUCUUUAACUUCACCAAAUACUGGAAAUGAGAUAAUUGAUGACAGUGGUCAAACCAGUACAGAUUCUGGACAGUUUUCUAAUGAAGAAAGUUCCAACAGUAACAGUACUGAAGAAUCGGGGGAAAGCGUAUUAACAAAGCUAGAUCUGCAGAUAUCGACUAUGUCCUUUUAUGAUUAAAAGUUCCAUUGAUCUCCAACAUUUCAGGGAAACAGUUGCUCAAGCUGCCAUAUUGCAAGUAUGAUUGUGGAAAAAUAAUUGUCUCGUUGCUUUGGAUGUGCAGACCAUGUGUAAUAUUUCCAGAUUAGCUGACGGAACAAAACAAGAAGAAAAUGUUAAUUGUAAGAAGAAUGUCCAAGAUGCUUCAAGUGAAUUUUAAACUGGCUGAGUGAGGAGGGAAGAAUGUGGCAGAUGAAACAUAAUAUGAAAAGGUGUGGAAUUAUCAACUUUGGUAAGAAAAACAGAAACAAAGUUUCUCUUAAAUGGUGAGAGAUUGGGAAGUGUUGAUGUCCAAAAGGAGCUGAGUGGUCUAGUUCAUAACUAUCACUGAAAAUUGAUAUUGUUAUGAUCCCAGCUGAUAAUACUACUGGAGAAGUCAGAUCCCAGAAUGAAUUCUAGCCUGAUUGAUUAAUUUUUUUUAAAAUUUAAUUAAUGUGGUCAUUGACAGAAACAUUGUCACCUAAGGCUGCAAUGUUUCUGUAACAUUCGAACAGACUUUUAAUACAAAAAGGCGAAAGCACAAAAGAAAAGCUGUUGAGAUCCAAUAUAGUUGGAAAAAAACUUAAAAUGUAUAGCAAAACAAAGUGACAUCUAUUCUCUGACAUCACUUCACAGUGAUUUCAAUUUCAUAGAAAUUACUUUUAUAUAUCUAAUUACCAGGUUUGGCUUAACUGAUCUUUGUCAGUUCUUACCUGUGAAAUGUGAAGUCAUUUUACAUGAGUCCUCACAAAAUAACAGUUUAAAUUUUCUCAAUAUCUGGUAGUCUGCAGAUUUCUAACCAGAUACUCCUGGUUUGGAUGUUACAAAAACUAAAUUUUGCUACUGAGGUAGAGGUGCUUUCCCCAAAAUGAUCUAUUCUCCUCGUUUGGAGAGAAACUAUACUCGAUUUUACGCCAGCCAAGUGUCCUCCAAAUUGUCCAAUAGUUUCUGAUCUCUGGAUUAUCAAAUAAACAAUCAAGCUUUGAAUAUCCUGAACCAAAAAAGACUAGCUCAUGGCCCUAAGUGUUUACCCACAUUCGUAAACCAGCACAUUUAAAAACAAUCCUCCAUUAACUCUCUGAGCGUUCCAUGCUCUCUGACAGAUACUGGAUUGGGUCACCGCUCCAGAAAGACUGUUUGACCUAGAUAUUUCUUUUAAAAAUUCUUCAAAGAAGUAACCACAACCCCAUUUGCCACUGUUCUAAAAUCCCUUUGAUAAAAAUGAUACAUAUAUAAAUAUAGAGAGUGUGAUACAUUUCAUCACAAAUGCAGGUACAUUAAGCAGUUAGGAAGACAAAAGAUAUAUUAAGCUUUUGUUACUAGAGAAUUUGAAUACAGGAGUAAAGAGUCUUUUAAAGAACUAACUGACUAGAAGUGGGAAACUAAAAGCGAACAUUUGAGAGGGAUAUCAUGGUACUCUUGGUGAGAUGAAUAGCACUAGCAUGGAGAAUAUAAAAUCAUUGGGUGAAUUCAGAGUCAGGCAGCAAGCAAUAAAGUCUAAAUCAGGCUGUAUAUAUGUGAGAAGAUGAAAUACGGUAAAUAAGUUGGAGGGUUACAGGUUCAAAUUGCCAUAUGGGAUUAUGAUGUGACAAUAAUUGACCUAUCUCAAGAAAUGACAGGACAGGUUGUUCAGAUGCUGGAGAAUCCAAGAUAAUAAAGUGUGAAGCUGGAUGAACACAGCAGGCCCAGCAGCAUCUCAGGAGCACAAAAGCUGAUGUUUCUGGCCUAGACCCUUCUUCAGGUUGUUCAGUAUUCCUGGUUGCAAGGUGUUCAGAAAAGAUGGGGAAGGAGAAGGGAAAAAGUAGGAAACAAAUCCAGAGCUGACUUGAUGAUAAAAGAGAGAACAAGUUAAAGAGGAAAAAAAUGUGCAUGUGACUGGCAUUUGGUAGUAAAUAUAUCUGAGAAUUAAACUGAAUAUCGAGUUCGAAAGGGAAAUGACAAAGCAAAUAAGAGCCAGAGGGUUAUGAGAAAAGACAGACAGUUAAUAUGAGGGGGAAUACCAAUGUCGUCUUCAGGCACAUAAAUAAAAGGGGGGGGGUGUCAAAGGAGAAGAAAGAUACCCAGAAAGGAGAUUUACCCGUGAAGGCAAGAGGCAUGAUUGAGUGUUAAAUGAAUACCCUGUACCUGCUUUUACCUUCAAUGCACAUACUGCCCAAAGCAUGGUGACAGAAAGAAAGUGGGUGACAAGGCCUUAAAAUGACACUGCAGAAGGUUUGGAUAGCUUGUUUAUGCUUUAAAGUUGAUCAUUCAUCUCGGAGCAAAUGAGAUGCAUUUCAAGGAUGUUGAAGGAAGUGCAAGGUGAAUUUGUAGAAGCACUGGCGAUGAUCUUCUCUGGAUUCAGGUGGUGCCAGAGGACUAAGUGUAGAAUCGGACUUGCAGAAUUCCAUUUCAUGGAACCUCCUUAUCAAAACUGCACAUUAUGUGGCUUGAAGAAAAAUUAAAACUAAAGGAAAGCUUUCAAACAGUAUGUUUAAUAAUGUAAGUAGUUAUCAGUGCACAAUCCAAUGUAAUUGAUCAACAACUUCCAUUAAACGGGUGUGCAAGAA